AUGGCCGAUUGGUUUGCGCGACCGUCAAACCAUGUGCUGGUCAUCUAUCUCCGCAACGACCUGAAGUCGGAGGAUGCGCUGGCGCUGUUUCGCCGCGUUUGUUUGGACCACGGCCUGCGCAUCACCGAUGACAGCGCAGCCAACGGCCAGCUCAUGGCAGAGUGCAUCGGCGGUCAAGUCGAAAUGGAGCUCAUGGCGAGAGCUGGGAGGCACCCCGUGAACGGAAACAUGCUGAUCAUCGAGUACAACCGCUACAUUGGACAGAAGGUGGCGUACGCCAUCGCCGGCGUCGUGCUUGUUGUGGUCGUUGUGGUUGCCGUCGCCCUCAUCGCCUCGGCAGUGAAGGACUCCGAUUUCUCCAAGGAUGUCGGUCACUGUUGCAGCCGUGCCAGUCACGGUGCCCUGCAUGCCACGGCCGAGAUCAUGUCCGGCAUGGCGGAGGGCCUUGCCCGUGGUGCAGCUUACGGCAUGAUUGACACCGCCGUCUACAAUCCACCGCCUCGCAUCGACGUCCAAACCAUCAUCAUUAACCACAGCGCCGACUGCACGCCUGCGCAUGCGUUCAGCGAUCGCGCAGAGUUCUUCGACUACUUUUACGAGAACACAAAGAGGUUCUUCUUCAACUGCGGGCUCAUUCGUCUCCCCAACCGCGAUCCGCUCAGCGCCAAAGCCAUUCCCCUCAACGGUGUCGUCAGGCAGCACAAGUGA